AUGAGCGAUUCCAAGGAUAUCAAGGUCAUUCGCGCUUCCAGCGUCGACCUUGGCCGCGACUAUGGCACCGGGUCCUCCAGCUCUCGUUCGCCCAUCGAGCAUGGACAUCCUGAGAUCAUUGAAGCGAGUCCCGAACGUGGUGCCACUGCCGAUGGUGACGACGAAACAGGUGGACUUAAGAAACAGUCAUGGCGUUCCAAGUUUGCCUUCUUCAAGACCAAGGACUUUUGGCUCAUUUUGUUUCUGGGACAGAUACUGGCUAUCUGCAUUACUGGUACAAACACUUUGACAAGCUUGUUGGCGGCUGAGGGAACCAGCAUCCCCGCCUUCCAGACCCUGUUCAAUUACGUAUUGCUUAAUUUCGUCUACACGGGUUACACCCUGUACAAAUAUGGCUUCAAGAAGUGGUCGCGAAUGGUCCUCAAGGAUGGUUGGAAAUGUAUGCUUCUUCAAUACAUUGUCAUGUUGAGCCGCUCAAGGACUAACCGCAGAACUAUAGAUAUCAUUCUUGCUUUCUUCGACGUCGAGGGCAACUACUUCACUGUACUUGCCUACCGCUACACCACCAUUCUCUCGGCCCAAUUGAUCAACUUCUGGGCUAUUGUUGUUGUGGUCGUCAUCUCCUUCAUCUUCCUCCGCGUACGAUACCACUGGGCUCAAGUCCUCGGUAUUUUUGUAUGCAUUGGUGGAAUGGGACUUUUACUGGCCUCUGACCACAUCACCGGCUCCAAUGGCGGGGACGUCUCUUCCGGCAACCAGCUCAAGGGUGACCUGUUUGCGCUGUUGGGCGCGACCUUCUACGGCUUGUGCAACGUCUAUGAGGAGUGGUUUGUGUCGGGCAGACCCCUCUAUGAAGUGAUCGGCCAGCUUGGCUUUUGGGCCACCAUCAUCAAUGGCGCACAAGCCGGUAUCUUCGACCGCCACUCUUUCCACACCGCGACCUGGAACAGUAAAGUUGGAGGCUAUUUGACAGGCUAUACCCUCAUUCUGUUCGUUUUCUACACCCUCGUUCCCAUCCUUUACCGCUUCGCCAGCGCAGCGUUCCAAAACAUCUCCCUUUUGACAGGAAACUUUUGGGGUGUGAUUAUCGGUCUACGGGUGUUCCAUCUCCACGUGCAUUGGUUGUAUCCCAUUGCAUUUACACUGAUUAUGAUCGGCCACUUUGUGUAUUACUUUGGAAAGGGCGUGAUGGGAGAGGCGGCGAAGGCGUGGCUGGGCGAGAACCAGGAGAAAGGUAUCGAUGGCUUCGGGAGUGCGAAGAGGAAGCUCCGAAUGAUGCAGGAGAACACAGCGGGGACCAGGGGUGGCGAAGGUACCGAAAGCAUGGGCGUGGUCUAA